AUGCAGCGAUGCCACCCAGACAUCAGAACCCACUUCCGCAAUUCUCCUGUUCCCGGCGGCCUGUUGAUAUACACGCACACACGACCUACUAUGAGAUGGCCCAAUUACAUAAUCAAAAGAAAUGCAGCAUUGAAAAGAAUUACCAGAAGUACACCCAAGUUAAAACCUUUAACUGUUCGACUACUAGCACAUUUAAGCACGAUGGAAACGAUCUACGACGAGAUAGAAAUCGAAGACUUCACAUUCGAUCCGGUCACCCAGUUGUUCCAGUAUCCAUGUCCAUGUGGAGACAGAUUUGCCGUAUCGAUCGACGAUUUGAACGACGGCGAAGACAUCGCGGUGUGUCCCUCAUGUUCGUUGAUGGUGAAGGUGAUUUUUGAGCCUGAAGACCUUCAGGAAUACUACGAUGAGAUAUGA